CAGUAUGGUGUGUGAUUUGAUCACGAAAUGCUUAAUUCUAUUGAUUUUCAAAAGUCAAGCAAUUAAAGGAAUAAGGUGUCAUAAAACAACAGGAUCCGAUAUAACCGUAGAAAAAAAUGAACAGAGUGAUUCCUGUAUCAUGUACAACUUUUACGGCCUCCCCAGUUGUUCAACAGUAGCAACCUAUCAUGACUUCUGGAAUUUGGGAACAAACAGAAUGGAUUUGCCUAUAUGCGGUGUUUUCAUAAGUCGUCCUUUGUAUCUAGCUGCAUGUCUUUGCAACAGAAACUAUUGUAAUUCCAAAGAAAAAUUAGAGAAGCAUCUGGCAGAGACUUGGGAACAACGCGUGAAAGAAGCAGGAAUGGAACUGGAGGCUGAGGCAUCUUCGAAGGCUACUGGUACAUCUGCAGCUUCGGGUACAUCCGCAGCAGCAAAGUAG